CUGGCGGUACGGCGGGGCUCUCGACUCUAAACACAACUCAAUCGGUGGCGCGCGCGUGGCCCGGACGAACGUACUCGCGUACCCGGUCCUUCCUUCGCCAUAAACAAAACGCAAACAAAUACAACAAAGUUAUCGACGUAAAUCAAACAGAAAAAAACGGAGUUCAUAAAUAAAACUUUACAAGGAAAAUCAAGAAAAUAGUGAUGGUUUAACGUGACGUUAUAAAACAGUGAUAUUUUUGUGGGAGAUCGUAAAAGUUUAACAAAAACAGGAGUUCUAAACUUUCCAAUGAACGCGAGCCAUGUGACUACGGCGAGAGCGGCGAAGCAAGAUUUGUGAUGUGGCUAGUAGCGGCGUUGCUCGCCGCGUGCGCAGCGGUCGGUGGGGCGAUGUCGUGCAACGAGGCGCGCACGCGCUGUGCCUACCGCACCGGCUGCGGCGCCGCGCUUGGCAACUACAUGAUGAUGUGCGAAGCUGUGCUUUCUGAACCCACUGCUUCAUCCACGUGUCCCAGGGAGUGCGGCAACGCUUUAAUUGCGUUGACCUCCACCGAAGAAGGGAAGGAAUUGAUGAAUUGUGAAUGUGAAGACGAGUAUUGCUUGGAGGCGAAGCAACGCAUCGAUAUCUGUCGACCGCAGGUUAUGAAGGGAGCUGCCAACGCCACGUCGUCUUGCAGCCUCUCGCAGCUCAUCUGCCUUGCUGAUGCGCAAUGUUCCACCGCCUUGCAAUACUACCACAGGCUAUGCCGCUCCAUGUUCAGAGGCAGAAAAUGCUCAAAAAAGUGCCUAAACUCCAUAGAAAUCCUAAGAAAGCAGAAGAAAGCUGCAGCGCUAACAGCGUGCCAGUGUGACGGCAACGACUACGACUGCCCGAGGAUGCAGAACAAUCUAGCGAGGCUAUGCUACCACAAGAUGAAAAACCACACAACGAACCACGAUAGACAUGGAGAGAAACCUAAAAAACUCCCCGUGGAAGAAGUGCCAGUGGUCAGUGCAGCGAAUUUAGUCCGAAUAUCCGGGCUCAUAGCGUUGAUAUCCGUGUGCAGUAACAGCUUCAUCACGUGAUACCAACGCAACGGAAACAUCCAAUAGUUUAAAGUGUAUAAUACGAACUUUGUCAUAAGGACACUGCCAUAGAAGAGACUAUUCGAGUGAAGAAUUGUGUAGUGUUUUAGAUAGAUGUAAUAUUGGCUAAGUAGGCGUUAAAUUAAAGUACAAUUAUAAGAGUAGGUAGUGUAAAUAAUGUAAAAACAGUAUUAGUUAGGCAAAGCUAUCGUGAGGGAAUCAAGGGUAAUUAUGUAGAUUGUUGUUUAUAUUUUAACUAUUGUCUUAAUAUGAGAGUGGAUGUGUCGCCGCCCACGGGUUGCGCAGGCGUCGCUAUAAAUACGGCGGCGCCGGUGGUCCGGUGACAAAUGCUGGACUGUUCCCGAUGUAGCGCCGCACGUCGAUUGAUCUAACGACUGUUCCGGUAACACCAUCAUCCUCACAUAUUUACGUCAAAUGUAUUUUUUCUAUCCUUGUCUUUGGCGGCUGGUGUAAGAGAGAUAGUGUGAGUUGAGUUGUGUUAGAGAUGUGUAGGAAUUAGGGAAGUGGCUGGUCUAAUGACAUAGUCGUGGUUAAAUCCGGUAGACGACACUAAUCGUUCCAAGUGAUGUAGGGCGUCGGUUAACGUUUUACAAAUAUGCGUCAUGGGAUGCCAGAAUUUUUUGAACAUCUCUCCUUUGACAUCCGUCUGAAAUGUUUUAUUUUUUAGUAUGUUUGUUGCGUUUGAGAUGAAUGUGUGUUCUUUAUAUUUAGUUUUGUCAUCAAUUAGCGGUGUGAUGUCAGGAAUGAUUGAGUAUGUUGUACUCGUUGUAGCUAUUUCGUUCACAGGGAACUAGAUCAAGUGAUGUAUAUUCGGAAUCAGUGCCAGUGAUUGAA